CAGUUGAAGUAUAGAUAAUACAUCAGUUUCCUUAAAUUAUCCAGUGUUUGCAUCAACACAAGGAAAUUUUAUAAGGAAGUUGGUGAAGUGCAAUUUUAUUUAUUUUCCUCCCAGUUGUAAUUAAGUGUUUGCGGAUUUUCGCAUAGUGCUAAAGAUAGUUCGUUCUUCUUUUCAUUGCGACAAUGUCUGUGGUAGAGAAAUUCGAGAAGGCUGCGUCUGAUGUUACCAAACUAAAAUCUAAGCCUACUGAUGUGGAAAUGCUAGAAUUGUAUGGCUUAUACAAACAAGCAACUGUUGGUGAUUGUGAUACAGAUCGUCCAUCUGGUUUGUUUGACUUUAAAGGAAAAGCAAAAUGGGAUUCUUGGAAUGGCAAGAAAGGCAUGAAUCAAGAUGAAGCUCGAGAGGCUUAUAUCAACAAAGCCAAUAAUCUUAUUGAAAUCUAUGGUCUUGCUGCCUGAAUUUUAAUUUACACAAACCUGUUUUAAUUAUCAAAAUCAAAUUUUUCACUUUUUUUUUCAUUUUGUUUAAAUAAAAAGAUAUAUUUUUGUAA